CCUCUUUUGAAAGCUGCCCAACCCAAAGACAAACAAGCAGACAGUGAAGCUGUUCACUAAGUUUUCAGUGUUUCAAAAUGUCUGCAAGGAUUCUCGCUGCACCAGAUUCAAGCUUGAAUGUGAGAUAUACCGGAAGAGUUCAAGACAACAGAAGAGCGGGAGAGGAGAAUCAGCUGGAGAUCUCAGAGGAUGAAAAGCAUCACGCUGAUCCUGGGUCACAAAAAGCAAGACCUCAGACUCCAAAGAAUCGUGUCAGAAGAAGGUGUUUUACUGCAGCGACUCUGGGAGUGAUGUAUCUUCUGAUAUUGGCUGGAGUCUUCAUACGCUAUAUUUCAGUCACUUUGGAAAAAGACCAGCUGCAGACCAGAUACGACAAACUGAACAACAACUACAGCGAGCUGCAGGGACAAAUUUCAGGGAAGUGUUGUCCUGAAGGAUGGAAGAGAUUUGGAUUCAGCUGUUACUUUAAAUCCAAUGAGGAGAAAACUUGGUAUAACAGCAGAAGAGACUGUCAAAGUAGAGGAGCAGAUCUGGUGAUCAUAAACAACAAAGAGGAACAGAAAUGUGUCACUGAGCUGAACAAGGAUGGAGACUCCUGGAUUGGUCUACAGUUCACAGAAUGGACAGGAUGGAAAUGGGUGGACGACUCACCGCUGACACUAAAGUUCUGGGCAACAGGACACCCGCACAGCAACAAUUAUUACGCUGCAGCAUGCUGCGAUAAACAAGGAAAAUGGACAGAGAGCGGAUAUUAUGAUCAGAAGAAGAACUGGAUCUGUGAGAAAUAGAUUUCCUGUUUAUCUUGAGGACAGAGGGGUGUGUAGUGUUGGGAUCAACUUUGUCAAAUCAGACCAACUCACAUUUUACAUUUCUUCAGUUGUUCAUUCUGUGUUGCAUCCUGAACAACCUGGAUUACAUAGAUAUUGUUCCUCUGCCCUACACAGUGAACAGUCUGGUUGGAAGUCAUCCACACAACUACAUGUGCACUUACCCUCUCUGCAGAGAGGGAUAUUACAACAGCCUGUUUUCAAAAAGCCUAAGAUGUCACAUACAUGACAACAAGGGGAAAGACGGCUCCUUUCUGUUUCAGUGUUAUUUAAGCCAUUAUCAUAAAGGACAAACCUCAUAGGCUUCUUCCACAGACCACUUACUGAUGUAGUUACACUUGGGAGGAGGAAAGAUUAUGAAUGUGUUUUGGAGAGAAGGAUGCAUCUGACGGUCAAAUCAGAUUUCCAUAGCUCUUGACUGCUUGGUUGCAUUUAUACACUUUGGGUUUUGUUGGUAAUCAAAAUCCAUAUAAUCCACACAAGAUGCAUGAACCAAAUAUAAAUGGCGUACAUGCAGUAGCGUAAGGUAGUAACAACAGGCCCCAGUGCAGGCUGUUAUGAUGGGCCCUGGGCUCCACAGCGUGCGUAGAAGGGAACCCUAUAUUGGCAAAUUUGAGCCUUGCAUUAAGCCAAAUCUUGACAGCCUUUUAGUCAGGGUCACACCAGGCAGGCAGCCACACCAAAUCCACUGAAAAAGCACUUGUACUCAUCUAUUUGAACGGCAUCUGAUGAGCCCUGCAUUAAGCAAAAUCUUUGACAAUGUCCUCAGUAAAAAACCAAAACUCCUAAAUUUGGGAGUUUUGCGACCUUCUCCUUUUGUACUUCUCUCCUGUGUCUUUUUAAACAACUUUUAUGUUUGAAUGGCAUGACUGCUAGUUUGUAGCUGUGAUCUGCUGAGUCAGUUUUAAGUCCCUGCUUAAAACAUACUUUUAUAGGAGAGUCUUUACCGAUUUUAUUUUAUUUUAUAUCUACUUUAUAUUUACUUUU